AUGACCUUCAAGAUCGUCAUUGUCGGCGGUAGCGUCGCUGGCUUGGCGCUCGCCAACAUGCUCGAGAAGUUCAACAUUGACUAUGUUGUUCUCGAAGCCUAUCCUGAGAUUGCCCCCCAGGUUGGAGCCAGUAUUAGACUAUUGCCCAAUGGCUUGCGGAUUCUCGAUCAGCUCGGUUGUUACGAAGCGUACCGUGCCAAAGCUGAGGACCAAGUAUACCAACACGCCUACCUCAGGCGAGAGAAUGGUGAAAUCUUCAGCUACCAACAUGAUUUGAUGGACAUGUGGGAGAAAAUGUUAGGAUAUCCAAUGAUCUUCAUCGACAGGCAGAUGCUUAUUCAAGUUCUGUACGAGAACUUGAAACACAAGGAUAGAGUGCUCACUUCUCAACGAGUUGUGUCCGUGGAAUUUACCGAAUCUGGUGCUCUUGUCACCACCAAAGACAACAAGGUCUUCAGCGGGGACAUUGUCGUCGGAGCUGAUGGAAUCCACAGCACGGUAAGGAAGGAGAUGUGGCGACAAGCGCCGACCGGAUACUUCCCCCUGGAUGAGGAAUCCAAGGUCCCUGCCUCCACUCUGUGUGUCUUUGGCAUCUCUCAUAGGCCCAAGGCAUACCCCGGAGCCAGUCAGCACAACACGAUGUCGCCUGGUCAUAGCUACUUUGUAAUGGCUGCGCCGGGAGACCGCGUGUACUGGUUUUUGUUCAUGGAGUUGGAGACUCUCUAUGGCAGAGAUAUCCCGAGGUAUACCAAGGCCGACGAGGAGCGUAUUAUCAAGCAGCACUGGGACGACCAGAUUCUGGAAAACAUGACACUUGGUGACCUUUACGAGAAACGUAUUGCUACGACGCUGGCGCCGCUUCAAACCUAUGUCUUUGAGAAAUGGCACUAUAGGAGAGCCAUCACCAUCGGAGAUUCUGCACACAAGGUCGAUCCCGUGACGGGUCAAGGCGGUAAUGGAGCAAUCGAAUCAGCUGCACAUCUGGUCAACGCCUUGUUGCGCAACCUUGACCAGACCCCCGGUGGUCUUAGUGAGAAGCAGUUGGAGAGCAUCUUUGCUGAGGUGCAAGAAAAGCGCUUUGAACGUGCUCAACACAUUGUCAAGCAAGGCUACUGGCUCCAGGAUGCCUUCACGCUACGAACCAGAAUGGGUAAGAUGAUUGCGCGUUACUUAAUGCCUUUGCUGGGCUCCUUCGGAGUCGUCUACCGAGGCGUCGAGUUCUGCGCCCCCGCAACGAAGCUGGAGAGACUAGAAGUGCCUCAUCGUCCUAGAGCGGUGUUGUUCGAGGAUGAGUUGCCAGCGAAGCCACUCAAGGGCUUGGGCAGUCUGAACAAGCUCUUCUCUGUCACAUUCAUGUGUAUACUCUGUGCCAUCGCGGCAGGGGUGUUGCGUCUGCCUAGGAGCUUGGAGACGCUGGUCGACGUCCUGUGCUCUUCCACCCAUGGAGAUGCGUCGAUGCUGCCGGCUAUCGAGUUCAUGACCAACACUGCAGCGCUCAUUGCUCUCGCCUUGGCUGAUUUGAACCGCGUGGGAAACCAGCUGACAUCUGUGACCUUAAUCGUAAUCUUUACCAUCUUCAACAACACGCUCGGCCCAGGUGGUUUUGCCCCAAUUUCUUGUGUCUUUGCUCAUUGGUCUUGCAACACCAUUGUCGGCAGACACGUUCCCCUCGAGAACGCCAAGAGGGUGUUGCCCAUCACGGCCGCGGGAUAUCUCCUACCCGCAGCCGUCGCGCUGUAUCGCCAGGACGCAAACUCAAUCAACGUCUGGCGCAAUGCGCCAAUACUGUGCUUCUUGUUGGCUAGGAGUCUCUCUGUGUUUGGACUACAAUCUGGAUCUCAGCAACCUGAGAACGAAGAGACCAAGUUACAGAGCACGAGAGAAAAGUACCAAAACAUGUUCGCCAAGGCAGAUCUCCCGGUUCUUGGCCUUGUCUACUACACGACUCUGGCAAUCUCUGCAGCCAUCCAUCUCACCAAUGUUGCUCUCUUCGGUUUGAAGUACAGCUUGUUUGGUGGUGAGAACGCGGCCUUGAUGGCUCUGGGUCUAUCGAAGCUGGAUACUCUGAUCUUCACGUUCUGUUCGCUGCUACUUGCCCUCGGCACGGCGCCGUGGAGUCUGCGACUUUGCGGAUACAUCAACACGAAGCAAGCCUUGACUCAGGCCGCAGCAGUGAUUCUGGGAUCGGCCGUUGUUGGUCCCGCGGCAACGCUCGCAGGUAUUACUGCGUAUCGUGAGGGUAUUGUCGCAGGUCUGAGCCAGUAG